UUUCAUUUCGAACUCGUGUGCGUACGGAGUGUAGCAUACGCGAGGUUGGUUAAGCGACGUGAACGUAACAUGAUGUUAUAAAGUAUUUUGUUACAAAAUCCAACCUUUGUAAACAUUUCGUCUAGUAUUUUAAGGUCUGUUUUUAAAAAAUAUUGUAUUAGAUGGAUUGUGGAUGAUAGGAUUCGCUUUGAACUUCAUUUCACAUCGUACUGUCUCACUUAUGUCUUCCAUUUCGAACCUAACCUAACACAUUUAUGGAGGAAGAUGGUGCCAAAAGAAUGAGGGGCAGAGCUCGAGGGAGAGCCCGUGGCCGUCCUAGGGGACGAGCUAGGGGCCGUGGGAAAAAAGCUGUCAAGAUUAUAGAAAGUGAUGAAGAUGAUGUGCCACAAGCGGCUGAAGAAACUCCUAUGGAAACAAGCGGGAUAGAACCUGAACAACAGGAGCCUCAACAAGCUCAGCAACCACCAAUCGAGCAACAAUUUGAUCUGGAAGCUGAUAUAUCACAACUAGAAGCUCCGACCUUUACAACUAUAAACCGAGGACCUCCCGAACCAAUGUUACGUCUUCGUUGGGACCAUAGAGUAAAUCUUAUUGGAGAAAAGGUCUUAAAUCCGAUGAUUCAUUGCUGCGACAAGUGUCUUAAACCGAUCCUUAUUUACGGACGUAUGAUACCUUGCAAGCAUGUGUUUUGCUUGUCCUGUGCUAAAAGAGAGGAUAAAGUCUGCCCAAGGUGUAUGGAAAAGGUUUCCAGAGUAGAGCAGACUGGGCUUGGUACAGUGUUUAUGUGUACUCAUGGUGGAACUAGGUACGGAAAUGCUGGAUGUAGAAGAACCUACCUAAGUCAAAGAGAUUUGCAGGCUCACAUCAAUCAUCGACAUAUAUCAGCUCCUUCUGCGCCGGUUCAAGGAUUGCAAGUUGACCAGCAGUACUUGCAUUCUAAACCAGAAAUGGAUACACAAAUGACAAAAAUUCCACCAGUUUCAAUGCAAACUAGUAGAAUGAAACAGGUUCAAUCUCACAUGGUUCAGCCAAUAAUGGGAAAUGAUCCAAGAGUUAAUUCUAUGGUAAAUCAACAGCAGGUUGAACAUCGGCAACAGCAACACAGACCGCAGCCUAUUAUCCCUAUGCAAAACUAUCAACAAAGCUCUGCCCCACCUCCUACCAAUACGCCGAUGAGGACGAACCUAAUAACUGUACCCAUCCAAGAUACCACUAUAACUACACAUGACAUGCAUAAUCAGCAAAAUCAUCAUUAUUAUCAACCUCCUCCUCCGCCGCAAGUGAAUUACGGAGGCUACAACGUACCUCCUCCUGUUUCACAAACGCAACAGUACUAUCCUCAGCCGCAGCAUCCGUCGCAAGUCACCUACGCCCCACCACCUUCGCAGCAGCAGUAUGGUCCUUCAAGUUCGACUGCAAUAAGACCACCUGCAACCUCAUACAUGCAAGAACAACAGUACGGUCCUCCACCUCCGCAGCAACAGGCACCUCCGCCGCAACCUCAGUGGACCCAACAUCAACAGCAGUUUUAUAGAUAGGAAUUGAGUCUUUUUUCUUUUCUGCUCAUGUACGGCACAUAGUCAAAAUUACCGCGACAAGGUUUACCGUUGAGAAAAAAUAUGUGUUAAUAAAGUUUGAGUGACCUACCGCUAUCCACUGUUCAAUCUUAUAGAUGCAUUUUUCCUUUGCUUUGCGAAUGUGUGUACUGGUAUUAAUAUCAAAAAAUGACGUUUCUAUAUACGUACAUUACUUCUAGUAUAUCAAAAUCGAGUACACUAUAGAUUGACUACGUUUACACUUUCAUAUUUUUACAAGUAUUUUAAUAGGCUACUAGUGAAAAAACUAUCUGUAUAAGAAUUGGUUGUAUUCUAUUUUUAAAUGUUAUUUAAGAGCUGUACAGAAUGGCGUAGUUUUUUUGAUAGUUUGUUUUCAGGUAAAUUACGAUAUUUUUGUUUCAAUUAUAUUGGGAGCUGAAUAUGUUUUUUAGUCAAAUCGAACAAAAACUCCUGCACUACAUACACAUUCUCUUAUAGUUCGAGUUUAUAUUGAGUAAUCUCGAGCCUAAGAGUAAUAAUUUGUACCUACUUUGCAAAAAAGUAAAGAAAUUGUAAUCAGAGAGAUAUAAUAUUGUACAGAAUGACAGGAUGCAAUGUAUUUACAAAAUCAAUUAUAUUUAACAUUUAAAUAUAUUAUAUAAUAUUA